AUGAAAGGAAUUAUGAGACCUACUGAAGUUACUGUGGUAUUGGGUAGACCUGGUGCUGGGUGCUCAACAUUUUUGAAAGCAAUUGCAGCUCAAACAUAUGGAUUUCAAGUUGAUCCCAACUCUAUUAUUUCUUAUAAUGGCUUGACACCAAAGGAUAUUACAAACCACUUCAGGGGAGGUGUCAUUUAUUGUGCAGAAAAUGAAGCACACUUCCCUCAUUUAACAGUUGGGGAUACUUUGGAAUUUGCUACGAAACUAAGAACGCCACAAAAUAGACCUGAAGGUGUAUCAAGGGAAGAUUAUAUGGAUCAUAUGACGAAAGUCGUCAUGGCCAUGUACGGCUUAUCACAUACUAAAAAUACCAAAGUAGGUAACGAUUUUAUUAGGGGAGUCUCAGGAGGUGAACGUAAGAGAGUUUCUAUCGCGGAAGUUGCACUAUCAUUCGCGUCUUUACAGUGUUGGGAAACUCCACUAGAGGGUAAGUUCCGCCACCGCAUUAGAAUUUAUCAAAGCAUUGAAGGCAUCCGCCACUGUUUUGGACGCUACUCCAUUGAUUGCGAUUUAUCAAUGUUCGCAAGACGCCUACAACUUGUUUGA